AUGCAGGUCGAGCAUUCCGCAGCGUUGUUUGCAUGCCGAAGAAUUCUGGCAAAGCUAAUCACCACCUUUGAUUUUGCAAAGAAGACGCUGGACGAGAAUAAGUUGAAGGAAUUCAAGCGGAUCCUGAAGCUCAAUGCUGAAAUCAUCCCCACUGUUUUCGAUGACUUCCUGAAGCAUCUCAGGCAAAACAACAGCGAGCGUCGGCUGGCUGUUUUGUUCUUAUCUAAGGAGCUCUUCGAUCGCUCUCAUAUCUUCCGAGUGCAGCUGAUCAAUUCUGUGCAAGAUUUUUUGCUGUACACAGCGGAAACAGACCCUCUCCACCAUGCUCUUCCGCCUCCGAAGGAAGCAGCCAAUACACUGAAGGUGGAAACUCUGAAACUUGUGAAGAUAUGGCACGAGAAGUAUUCAGAAGCCUAUCCGAAACUGGAUUUCCUCAUCCCAUACUUACAGUUUUCAAAAGCUUUCGAUUUCGAGCGCAGCAACGCUCAGCUCCAGGUAGCAUUUCGUGUGCAACUUUUUUUCGAGCAGAACUAUCUUUCUUAUCGCUGCACUGAUGAGCAAGUGGUUCGGGAGCGUUCGAUUGUCGCUGAUGCGCUUGACAUCGAAAGGAGGCGUGCCGAAGAAGCAUCGCGAAAGGAGGACGAGAAGUGUAGGAUUGUGGUGGAGAAAUUGCGUGCGGAACUGCUGGAGCGUCGGGCGGAUGUUGUACGCUGUAUAGAUGAAACGCGACGUGCAGUCGAGCUCCUCGUCCCGCGAUUUGAACUUGCUGAAGCUACUAGCACAACCAGAAUGCAGCGCAUUCGCAGUGACAGUACGGUUCAUGCCUAUGGAGCACUUGACUGUGUAACUGUAACUGUCCCACUGGAAGCUCCUGUGGUGGAUGUGCAUGAAGAAAACGAAGUAAUUGUUGCUUCGUUGGGUGACUGUGUGAAAAUGUUAAACUUUUACGAAAAACUUGUCCGUCGUUGGCUCUCCAAAUUGGCAAAGUAUGGCGGACGCAGCGCGCAGGAGUUAUGCAAAGAAAUGCUCGAUCUAAAAGGGAAGAUAACAGCGGAAUUGGAGAGGUGUCGGGAACUGCAGCUUCCAAAUAAAAGACGACUUUCGGAAGGACUAGAACUCGAUUUUAAAGUGCCGGACGAGGUGCCGGCGUAUAUAAUCGAAAGGACAUUGGAAAAAGAUGAAGCUGAUGCGCCUGGUUGCAGUAAAAGCACUUCUGGCUGCAGUGUUGGCCGGCGACAAGAUGGUGAAAGUGAGAUACCAAUAUUAUCAUUUGGACUUGAUCUCAAGUACUGGGGCGAGGAUGAUGUCGUGCCUGCAGAAGUACCUCGAAACAACGCUGACUGCCACAGAUUUUGGCGACCUUCGGAUGAAAGCUGUUGUACAAGUCGCGACUCGGCAGAAGUCUAUCGUGCUCGUGUCAUUACAUUCGUUGGUCCGGGACUAAAGGCUACUCGGCGCUGCCGUGCGCCACUCAAAAACGGAGAACUGUGCUCCCGUAUGGAUUUUCGGCGUUGCCCUUUGCAUGGAAAUAUUAUUGAUCGCGAUGAGAUGGGCUAUCCGAUAGACGAAAUGAAGCAGACGUCUGGUAAAUCGAAAAAUGAAGUAGAAGAUGACAAAGAGUUUGUCAAGGACGUAGAAGCUGCAGCAGGCGUUGACUUGGGCGGAAACGUGAGGGGAAGAAAGCGGAAACGUCAGAAAAGUGAUUCGAGUGCGCCUGCAGCCAUCCGAGAAAGGCUUAGUAGCAAACUGUUCAACAGAAGUACCAUGAAGCGUGUCUAUGCCACCUGUUGUACAAGUCGCGACUCGGCAGAAGUUUAUCGUGCUCGUGUCAUUACAUUCGUUGGUCCAGGGCUAAAGGCUACCCGGCGCUGCCGUGCGCCACUCAAAAACGGAGAACUGUGCUCCCGUAUGGAUUUCCGGCGUUGCCCUUUGCAUGGAAAUAUUAUUGAUCGCGAUGAGAUGGGCUAUCCGAUAGAGGAAAUGAAGCAUUCAAAAGUUCUUGGAGGUGCCGGCUAUCCGUCGUUCGUUGGUUACGGUUGUUUGCUUUUAGGACGUCUGAGCAAACUGUUCAACAGAAGUACGAUGAAGCGUGUCUAUGCAACACUGGAAAGCAUACAGAAAGCACGAGCGGCCAAAAAGUUUGAGCACCAGUUCAACUAUGCGUUGUCCAGAAUGUGA